AUGAAGAGAGACUUUAGAACAGCAUAUCUUAAUACAUUGGGUUUUAAAGGUGGCCAACUAAAGACAUCGUUAGAGGCAAUCUUUGAGCAUAGAGUAGUGGACUUGAACAAGUUGAAGAAGAUAUGCAAUCUAUUCGAGAUGCCUUCUCAGUAUAGAGGCAGAGUAUGGAAGAUACUACUAGGUGUGGCAUCAUCUUAUCAAGAGACAUCGGACUUUAUACAUGAACAGAGGACCAUCGAGUAUGAAGACCUCAAGCACGCCGUCUGUCUAGUGCGGCGUGGCAACCUACCAGACAACUUCUUUCAACGAUGGAAGGAUGUACUGAAUGAGUACUCGAUCGACUCUGAUGAACAGGUGGUGUUGGAUGCAAGGGACUCAGCAGCAAGCUCAUUGGCAAUCAUAUAUCAUGUCAAGGAGCAAUACUUCAACUUUCAAAAUGGAUUGUACUUUAUCACAGACGCUGAUCAAGGCAACAUGUCAAGCUCAUCAUCUCAACGAUCAAUGUCACCAUCAUCAAAUGAUGGUAUGACAUCAUUCGACAGCAGCAACAACAACAGCAACUCAAAGGGCACCACCAACAGUAGUAGUAUGUCACAUACAAUGGUUAAUCCACCAACAAACACAACAUCAUCAUCAACUUCCACAACCAUUCCCAACAACAACACAUUGCCCACACCACUUGUUAAGGAAGACAACAACAAUAUUGACAAUCAGGACAUUGAUAGAAGGAUUGAACAACUACUGAGUGAGUACUCUGGAUCACAACCAAACAGUUUGGUGGCAACCAGUAGUGGUGGUGGCAGCGGCAAGGAUGACUAUGGCAUGCAGUUUGAAGAGCAUCUCAAAGCAAUAGCCGAGGUAUUCUGUUAUGUAUGCGACACCGAGGUCGAUGCCUUCUGGUGCUUCAACAGCUUCCUGAACAGAUCAUUGAAGCAAUAUGGACACAAGGACAUUGGCAUAUACCAUCAGAUCAACAUAUUGUCAAGACUGUUAGAGCUGUAUGAGAAGAGUCUUUGGGACCACUUCCAUCUACACAAUGUACACGUCGAGCAGUUCAGCACCAAAUGGUUCAAGACAUACUUCACAUGCUUCCUACCAACAACAUAUUUGUACAGAGUUUGGGAUAGGAUCAUUGGCGUAUCAUUGGACUACAUGGCCUUUAUUGCACUGUCAAUAUUACAAACAAAGAGACAAGGCAUUUUGGAGAAGACAUCUGCCGCAGACAUUCUGAACUAUACUAUGAACCUAAGUAUCAAGGAUCUGAACAUCGAUGCAAUCCUGGAGAAAUCAUUGGAAUACUAUACCAACUCUGAAUAG